AAUCAUAAUAACAAAUAUGGAGAUGAACCAUUUCAACCAGCUAAACCAAUUCCAAACUUAACCUAUAAAACAAUGUAUAUUUUAGAUACAAGUGAUUUUACAUUAAUCAAUUCAACACUCAUCAAUAUCUAUAAUGCAUACCACGAUCCAAGAUUAGUAAACAAUUUAGAAAUUUUAUUAGUAGUUUUCGGUAAAGGUGUCGAAGUUUACAUGAACACCAAUCCAGAAUUCCAACCAAUGUUAAAGGAAUUAACUGUACUUGGUUGCACAUUUGCUUUGUGUAACAAUACCAUCAACGCAUACCACAUCAAUGUUGAAGCCGACUUAUUCCCAGGUGUUAACCCAGUUCCAUCCGGAAAUGGUGAAAUCAUUUUAAGAUUACAAGAUGGUUGGACUAGUGUUCACCCAUAA